AUGGGCUCCCGAUUACACAAUGCUCCCAUUGUAAUAGACAAUGGCAGCGGCACAAUCCGUGCCGGGUUCGCAGGCGAGGAUGUGCCCAAAUGCUUCUUUCCGUCAUAUGUAGGAAGGCCGAAGCAUGUGCGGACAAUGGCAGGCGCAUUGGAGGGGGACGUCUUCAUAGGGCCGCAGGCACAACAGUACAGGGGGCUGUUCAAGAUCAACUACCCAUUGGAGCACGGCAUUGUCACAGACUGGGAUGACAUGGAGAGAAUAUGGCAGUAUGUCUACACGGAGGGCUUGAGGACCGUCAGCGAAGAUCACCCCGUCCUUCUCACAGAACCUCCGCUGAAUCCACGAGAAAACCGCGACACGGCGGCACAGAUUCUGUUUGAGACAUUCAACGUGCCCGCCCUCUACUCGUCGGUGCAAGCCGUGCUCUCCCUAUAUGCGUCGGGCAAGACGACGGGCCUCGUGCUGGAUUCGGGAGAUGGCGUGUCGCACGCGGUUCCGGUGUUCCAAGGGUUUGCGAUACCAAACAGCAUCCGGCGAAUCGACGUGGCAGGCCGAGACGUCACGGAGCACUUCCAGCAGCUGCUCAGGAAAAGCGGCCGUAUCUUCCACACGAGCGCCGAGAAGGAGACUGUCAAGAACAUCAAGGAGGCGACGGGCUAUGUGGCACUGGACCCCGCCAAGGAGGAGAAGGACUGGUCAGGGUCGUCGAGGUCCGAGGGCAAGAGCAUCGACUACACGCUGCCGGACGGACAAAAACUCAAGGUUGGUGCGGAGCGCUUCCGAGCCCCCGAAAUCCUCUUCAACCCGGAGAUUAUUGGGCUAGAGUAUCCCGGUGUGCACCAGAUUGUCGUCGAGGCCAUUCACCGAACCGACAUGGACCUACGAAAGGCGCUAUACGGCAACAUUGUGCUGUCGGGUGGGUCUACGCUAACAAAGGGGUUCGGAAACCGUCUGCUCCACGAGGUGCAACGACUGGCGGUGAAGGACAUGAGGAUUAAGAUUCUAGCACCGCCAGAGCGCAUCUACACCACGUGGACUGGCGGCAGCAUUCUAGCGGGCCUGAGCACGUUCAAGAAGAUGUGGGUAGAAAAGGACGAGUGGCAGGAAAACCCCGAUAUUAUCCACACCAAGUUUGCAUAAGGCACCGCGCCGUGCAGUGCGCCCCUGUGGCAGCCAGGCCUUCUCCGCACGCGCUUGAUGUCGUCCCGUUUGUCUCCGCGGUUGGGUUCGAGAAGGGCAGCGCAUGGGAGCGUGGUAGCGCAGUUACGUUACAGUUAGUCAUGGAAAUGGGGAUGCGACGGCU